AUGCCUGGCUCUCAACUGAAAUUGAUUCAAGAUACUCAAUCCGAACUUGCAAGCACUUUAAAUGAGUUUUACGAAACCACAGAAGAAAUAUGUGAUGACUCAUCCUCGCUAUCUCAAACUGAUGAUGCGGAGUUAGAAGAGAUCAAGUCCUAUAGACUAUAUGCGAUGGAUUCCUUCUUGACACUAGACGUGCAAAUGAUGGUCUGUGAUCUUUUGGAACGGUCCUCUAAUCUCAUCAAACAACUCGAGCUGACCACCAACACACCCGACGAACCAAUUGACGUUGCUCUGGCUAGAUCAAAUGUGAUCGAAUGUAAAGUUUAUCUCCAUGAAGAAAUCCAUUCCACCAUCCGAAUUAUCAAUGGAUCAGACUUCGAUCAUAUUCGAGCUCGUUGGCCUGCCAUGGUACCCAGGAUCGACGAUACAGAGCUGGACUUUUUGGGUAUCAUUUAUAGGGCAGAACAGAUACCGACUAUCUGCAAGUACCACGCCUCAACCGCCCCGGAGAGCAAAGUGGCUAGAGCACUCUCACCAGUCAUCAGACUAUCGAGGAUGUUUUUCAAUAAACUAUCGGAACAACCACUGAACAGCAAGCGACUCCAGAAGUUUUCUCAUCUGUCAUCCGCUCAACUGGCAUCUCUUGGCGAAAUACCUGUAACCUUUCACAGGGUGUUUGAGGAAAUGCUAGACCUCUUGGCGAACUCUUGUUACGCUGAGGAAGGCGUUACCACUCGGGAGUCAACGCAACUAGUCGACGAGCUCACAAGAUCCUUUAAAAGCUCUUUGCCGAUUGUAGAAUAUUUUAUUGCUCAGCUCCCAGAAGACACUGCUGGUUCCUCCAAUCAAGACUACUACAAGACUUGGUUCAACACGCUGCCCCGGCUGCCGCUUCCGUGGUAUCCCAAAACAUAUGUGCGUUGGGGUAGCGCAUUUGCCUAG